UGAAUGAAGAUGUUUCUUAUUUUAAUGAUAGCAAUCAUUUAGUUAACUUAUGGAGAUCAGUGUUCUGAAGUAUCUGAUAUAGGUUUAUGUUUAAAAACAUCAAAUUUUUGUAUCAAAUCACUUAUAAUAUUAGGUUAUAUUGUGGAAGCAAAUGUACCAUAUUUAUCAGCUAAUAAUCCAAUAGAGGGUGUAGUGUUAGAUUAAGUGAAUGAUAGAUGCAUGGUAAUUAAUUUUAAAGAUUUAAGAGUCUAAACUAUUUUACAAGAUGUGAUUAAUUAAUAACUAAAGAGUCAUGUAAAUUAGGAAGUUGUUUAUGGGAUCCUAUUAAUGUUGAAUGCUAUGUAUUUGAUUUGAUUAUUAAAAGGAAUGGGAUUAAGCACCUUGUCAAAGUUACUCAAAAUAAAUUUGUUAAUGGAAUUCAUAAUGUGAAUUGGUGAAUUUUACAUAAACAUUAGAUUUAAUAACUAAUUAUACAUUGAUGAAUAAUGUAGAUAAUUUAUAGAGAGAUGGAAGAGCUAUAGGAACUUGGUUAUAUGAGUUUGGAUAAAUAAUUUAAAUCUUAGAUAAAUAAUAAUAUCAAGAAACUUAUCUAUUCACAAAAUGUUAAUUAAAAAAUCUUUGUGAAUUAAUUUAGAUUACUGAUGUUAGUUCUGGAAUUGCUUUAUGUCAUGAAUCUGAAUUAGGAUGUUAUUUUGAUGCACAAUAUAAAAUGUGUAGAACUAUUAGUCAUACUACUAAUUGUGCUGAUAUUAAAUGGACAUCUAGAUGUGAAAGUGGAGCAGCACCAUGUAUAUGGUUAGGAGUAAAAUGUGUUUAAUAUAAUGAUCCAGAUGUUCCAUGUAGUUUUUUAAGUACAACUACUUGUUUAAAUAAUGAAAAAUGCUAUUUAGAAGGUGCUAAUUGUAAAUCAUAUUUACGUUGUAGUGAUUUUAAGACAAAAGAAACAUGUGAUAAUGAUCAUGGAUUUAAAUGUUAUUUUGAUGAUUAUGAAAACAAAUGUAAAUUAUUAACUACUAAUGUUCCAUGUAAAAAAAGAGGACAAAAUAAUUGUGAAUGGUUGGGUACUUGUGAAAAGAUUGAUAAUAAAUGUCAAGUUAAAUUACCUGAUUAUAUUUGUUAAUCUUAUUCAUAAAUAGAUUGUGAAUCUGAUAUUGCUCCUUCUUAAUGUGACUGGGAUGAUAAUCUUUAAAUAUGUAAAUAUGAAUAUGCUUACGAUUGUUCAAUUCAAACAUCUUUAGAUUGUGAUAAAACAGGAAAUUGUUAUAAUGAUAAAGUUCUUAAUUUAUGCACAGUGAUUCAACCAAAUACAAAAUGUGAAUUAUUAGGUUAAAUAUCAUGUUAAAAGAAAAUUAAUUAAACAAAUAAUCUUUGUUAAUGGUCAACAACAAGAAAUCUUUGUAUUUCAAUUUUUGACUUUGCUUGUGAAGAUCUAACAAUAGAAUUUUGUACUUAUAGAGAAAAAUGUUUUAAAACUGGUAAUAUGUGUAAAACAAGAAAAUAAUGUUAAGAUAAUAUUUAAAUUGUAGAUUGUUGGGAUGAAUAAUCUUAAUUCUGUUAUUAUAAUUUUGAUUAAUAAAUUUGUACAAGAGUUACUACUUAUUCUCCAUGUGAAUAAAUAUUUAGAGAAGCUUCUUGUAAUUAAGCCAUUUGUGCUUGGUAUAAUGGAUAAUGUUAAAAAUUAGAAAAUGUUAGCUGUAGUGAAUUAACUAUUUAAAAUUGUAAAUACUCAAGUUAAUGCUAAUAUUAUAAUUCAGAAUGUAUUCCUCUUGAUCAAUGUGGUUUAAACAAUGAAAAUUAAGAUGCAUGUGAAUUAGAUUCUCAUCAUUGUAUAUAUAAUUCAGAAACCAAAAAAUGUUCAUAAAUAGAUGGAUUGUCUGAUUGCACAUCUAUUGUUGGAGCAGAUAAUUGCAAUUAUGGAGCAUGUAAAAUUAUUAUAUAUAAUUAAUAUUAGGUGUUCUUUAACCUGGAUUAAAUAAAAAAUUAUAAUGUGUUGAAUAUGAAAAUUCUGAUUGUUCAUUUUUGAAAUAAGAAUAUUGUAAUUUUGGAUAAUGUACAUGGAAUGUUACAUAGUGUGUCUAAUAUCCAUAUAAAGUACAAAACACUACUAUUAUAAUUGAUAAUUCAAAUGCCACAAAUACAUCAUCACCUACAAAUGAUACAAUUAAUAAUGACAAUAAAACAACAUCAUCUAGCUAUGAUCAUGGAAUCUUAUUCAUUUCUAUUCUAGCAUUUUUUAUAGAAUGA